AUGAGCGCGUGCGAGAAAGCAGCAAAGUGGCAAACUGCUUUGCUGCUUCUUCGCCGCCUUGUGGCCAGCCGAAUGGUGGAUGUAAUUUCUUUCAACGCAGCCAUCAGCGCCUGCGCACGCGUGGGCCAGUGGACGACAGCAACACAUUUGCUGGCUGAGAUGAUGGAGAUGCAAGUGCAGGCUACUGAGUGCCUUUGCCAUACGACGUGUAGCCUCAAGCUUUGUUGA